UGUGGACCAUCAGUUAUUGGGGCGAGAAACAUUGCAGCCCAAAAUGAUAGUUUCAGAAUGCAGCAUUACGUUAUAUUCGAUGAUAUGCAAUGACAUGACACUAUAAAAAAGAUGUACCUUUCAGCUAAAUCGAUGGAGUGUAGAACAGAGAUUAGUGAAGAGUGAGUUUCUUUUGUCUUCCAUGGCUGAAAUCAGACGUUUCUUCAAAGUUAUGAUGCCUGAUCUCGAAUCAACACUUGUAAAUAUGCCUCUACCGGUGGCUUUCUGUCGACAGGUGAAGCAACAGAAAUGGGACAGAGCAAUUCUCAAGAGUUGUGAUCGCGAAUGGAAUAUCACAGUCGGCAAAGGCAGCGAUGGUUUGCUGUAUCUCGAAAACGGCUGGGAAGAUUUCGUGAACCACCACGCCCUUAGUUUUGGAGAUUUCGUCGUCUUUGAACAUAACGGUGACUUCAUUUUCGAUGUUAUAGUGUUUGAUUCAAGCGCGUGCCAGAAAGAUUUCCCUCCAGUUUCCGUCAAUUUGUCGUCUAGGAAGAAAAAGAAGAAAGGAUCAAAGAAUCCACUGGAAGAAGCUAAAUCUUACAAAACUAACGGUCCUCAUUUCAUAAAAACAAUUAGAGUAUAUAAUGGAGUGAAAAUUCCUGCGGAAUUUGGAAGAUCAGAAAAUCUUGAACGAGCAUCAGUGAUUAUUCUGAGGGACGACACCGGGAAACUAUGGCCAGUGAAGCUCUGUACUAAGAGUGGACGUACAACGAUGAAAAAGGGAUGGGGCGACUUUUAUGUGGCAAAGAAGCUGAAGAAGGGAGAUGUAUGCCUGUUUGAGGUUGAUAGUAGCAGAAGAAAGUGUGCUACUUUGGUGAUGGAUGUCCAUGUUUUUGUGCUUUAAUUUAAACAAGGCCUUCCUUUCUAGGUUUGAACACCGGGCAAGAAUUUUUGAUGUACGUGUACCUACUUGCAAUUUUUGUAUAUUAAUUUUAUUGGCUGGUUAUUCAGUGUCCUGGAAAAAGAGAAA